AUUUAUUUAAAACCGUUACUAUCCAGAGGCUUGAGUGCAAGAUAUCGAUCACAUCUCCUCAUUUUUGAGCCCAAGGUGGCACUCAGCUUACACGAAACCCGUUACUGGUCUUAUCCUUACUUAAGAGUGCAUUACUCGAUAUCAUGAGCAACGGGGUUUUCAGGAUAUUUAAUCCUAAAGGACCCAAAGAGGAUCCUAUUGAGAAAAGGAAAGACCAAGUUCGGCGGGCGCAGAAGACUUACCGUGCUCGCAAGGAUAAAUACACAAGAUCACUAGAAGCUGCUUUCUCCAGAGCGCAGGUGCACGAAGAACAACUCGUGAAUCAAUGUGUGCGUCUGCAAGCGACUGUGCAUGUUCUUGCUGAGCUUCUCGUCAAAAAUGGAAUCCAAACUCCUCCCGAGUUGUGCUAUGAUGAGAGGGGAAACGACUCUGAACAGAUGUGGUUGACGAACACUUCGUCAGCCUCUGCCAGUUCGACACCAACGAGCACCCCCAUGUCACGUACCGAAAUCUUUGAGGUCAUGACACAUAAGUCGCCGCUGGAACUAUCAAUGAGCCAAUCAUACACUGGAAAGACGGCGCAGAAUUCUUCCAUGAAACGGAACGACCAAGCGUCCGUCAACGAGGUCAAUAAUACCACCGGAGCUCUCAAGUAUCGUUCAUUACACCUUUGCCACCUGGAUCAAGUGGCUGUAGGUAUGGAAUUUGUACUGACGAUAGAAGAGCCGUGUCGAGACCAUAUUCACGGCGAUCUCAACAAGCCCGACGAGCCCAGUGGUCAUGCUAUUACGGCAACAGCGCAACUGCAUCGUACCAGGAACUGGUCUGUGGCAUCGGGAACCUCGGGUCCUGCGCCACCUGAUCAGACCUGCUCCGCUGUUAUACUUGAUCGUAUGCGGGCUUUGUCGCCACUAUUGUGUUCAGCAGGCGAGACGACGCCGAUACAGGCAUGGGACUUGAUUCGGUGUCAGCCACAGUUCGGCGGCCUUGCACUACACGACUUGAGAUAUCUAGCAAAGAAACUGCGCGACGCUGUCAAUUGCCACGGGUAUGGUGCUGUGGUCGAAUUAUCAGUCGUCGAGGAUCUCCUGUCUGAGAUCCUUGUGCGUGGUAAUUCGUUCUGAGUCCACACUCGUUAAGCAAGCCAUGCGAUGCAAGUGUACUCACUGGCAGCUUGCGUAGAUAUAAGCAUUAUAGCACACCGUAGUGUGGAAGGCAGGAUGUGAUGCGCAUAUCUUCCGGGAUUCCAUGGAUAAUGAGAAGCUGUCUCGGGUGAUUUCUCAAGGGAACUCCACAUGGCACUAACAACUGGGGAAUACAGUACCCGAAUGCGGGAUCGGGGAGCGAGGGAACUAAGAUUAGAUGAAUACAUAGUUGGUGAUAAUAUGUCGGCUGGAAAUAGAAGCAAGAAUGACUUCAAUUGAGGGUCCAGCGGAUCCUCUGGAUCUACUAUA